CCGUUCGUUCUCCCCCGAGUCCCGAAGCCAACGCCAUUCCUGAUUUCUCCCUCUUCCGCCGCCGCGCCGCCGGAGAUAAAUGUCGAGGCUCGCGGCCGCCGCCCUUCGCCGCGGCGUAACCGUAUCGAGGGAUCCCUCCUCCUCUCGCUUGGCGGUGUCCCCGCUGGUGUCCGCUCGGCUCUUCUCCGCGGAUGCAUCCGGCGAAGCCGCCGCCACGGCCGCAGAGUCACAGGACGACUCUUUCCUCAAGGCAUCCCGCGAAGGGUUGGCCUAUGGAAGGUUCUACAGCGUCAUUGGUGGAGGCAAUCGUCUUGAGAAGAACAUGUUGAAAACUGACAUUAUCCAUCACCUUGACAGAUGUGGAUUAUCAUUGGAUGAUGUGAAGAUUGAUUACAACAACAGAUAUGAUCCAUUGGCCGCUUUGUUGAGGUUUUCUUCAAAGGCAAUGUUUAACACUGCAAAUAGGCAAACAAAUUUGAAUCGGCUGUACAGGAUUGAUGAGAUAAGUCGUGAAGUAUGGGAUCUCAAAAAGCCCUUUGAUGAGAAAACUGUACUCUUGCAAGGAGUCCCACGAAAUGCCCUCCUAGAGGACAUAGAGCGUUUUUUGUGUGGCACGAACUUUGAACCUCCAUUUGAAAGCUUUAUAAGAGCUGGUGUCCCAGAGCCCAUAAGAAUGGUGCUGGUUAAAUUCCGCACAAAGGCUGAUGCGAUGAAUGCCUUCAUUACCAAAAACAGAGGUUUCUGUCUGAACAAUCAAGUUAGCAUGCGUGUCCUUCAGUAACUAGUAGCCACUCAAAUCUUGUGAUAUUUGCCCCAACUCUGUCAAACAAAAACCUUUUUAAGUCUCGAUGGUCUAUCCACAAAUGUUGCCGCAUUUUGUGGGUUCUGUAGCUUACAUUCAACUGGCAGCCUUUUAGGCUUUCGUUUCCUAUUAGUUUGUGGUUUGAAUUGUACUGUAUCGCUUUAUUUCAUGUGUACUCUGGAAAUUGUACUACCAUUCCUCUUUUAAAUAAAAUAAUUAACAGUACAAA